CCGCGCUGCCCGGCGCGUGCUGCAGAUGUAGGAAUGAGGGUCGGCGCGGAAUACCAGGCGCGCAUCCCCGACUUCGAGCCCGGUGCUACAAAAUACACUGAUAAAGAUAAUGGAGGGAUGCUUGUAUGGUCUCCAUAUCAUAAUAUUCCAGAUGCCAAGUUGGAUGAAUAUAUUGCAAUAGCAAAAGAAAAACAUGGAUACAAUGUGGAACAGGCUCUCGGCAUGUUGUUCUGGCAUAAACACAACAUUGAGAAGUCCCUUGCGGAUCUCCCUAACUUCACUCCUUUCCCUGAUGAGUGGACAGUCGAAGAUAAGGUCCUAUUUGAGCAAGCGUUUAGCUUCCAUGGAAAGAGCUUUCACAGGAUUCAGCAAAUGCUUCCAGACAAGUCUAUUGCAAGCCUUGUAAAAUAUUACUAUUCUUGGAAAAAAACUCGCUCAAGGACAAGUUUGAUGGAUCGUCAGGCUCGAAAAUUAGCUAAUAGGAAUAAUCAAGGUGACAGUGAUGAUGAUGUAGAAGAAACUCAUCCAAUGGAUGGAAAUGAUAGUGAUUAUGAUCCCAAAAAAGAAGCCAAAAAGGAGGGCAAUAAUGAGCAACCCAUUCAGACCAGCAAAAUAGGGCUGGGUAGAAGAGAUUAUCAGAGCUUACAGCAUCGCCACCAUUCUCAGCGUUCCAAAUGCCGGCCACCAAAAGGCAUGUACCUGACCCAGGAAGAUGUGAUAGCAGUUUCCUGUAGCCCCAAUGCAGCCAACACAAUUCUUAGACAGCUGGAUAUGGAACUAAUCUCAUUAAAGCGACAGGUUCAAAAUGCUAAGCAAGUAAACAGUGCACUUAAACAGAAAAUGGAAGGCGGGAUUGAAGAAUUCAAACCUCCUGAGUCUAAUCAGAAAAUCAAUGCCCGUUGGACCACGGAAGAGCAGCUUCUUGCAGUACAAGGUGUCCGCAAAUAUGGUAAAGAUUUUCAAGCUAUUGCAGAUGUAAUUGGCAACAAGACUGUUGGCCAAGUGAAGAACUUCUUUGUAAACUACAGGCGUCGGUUUAACUUAGAGGAGGUAUUGCAGGAAUGGGAAGCGGAACAAGGAACCCUGGCUUCUAAUGGUGAUGCUUCUGCUUUAGGGGAGGACACAAAAAGUACUUCUAAUGUGCCAUCAGGAAAGAGCACUGAUGAAGAAGAUGAGGUGUGUUUUUGUGUACCAGAUCUAAGUAAGCAUGGAUUGAGGAAUAGCAUUGUAUUUAGUGAUUGUAAUGUACGGUUAACAACUGGUGUGGAGUGGCAAAGCACAUUCUAAAGAAUGAUGAUGAGCUUGCACAGAGCUUCAGCCAAUGCCGUUAAUCACCUGGGAACAGGACUGCACCUUUCAUAGCGAAUAUCCUGUUACUGUUACUGUUAAAAUACACUUCUUACUCUAGAAAGAAGGCUCUUGCUUCAUAAAUAUUUUUAGUUCUGCUGUCUAUGAUAUUUUGGUUGGUGAUUUCUUUUCA